AUGGAUCCCAAUAAUAAUUUCAACACCCAAAAUUCUUCUAAUUUUCCAUUUGGCUAUCAAAAUCCCAACAAUUAUCCAAAUCCUAACAGUUAUCAAAAUUCCAACAAUUAUCCAAAUCCAAAUCAAUUUUCCAACCAACAUCCUCUAAACUUGCCUAAUUUUGGUUAUGCACCAAAUUUCAACCAAUCAUCAUCUGUUCCAAGCUUUCAUCCAUAUUAUGGAUCUAUGCUGCCAAAUCCAUCUCAAACACCCCCGUUUAAUGGUUAUAUGCCAAUGGUGAAUGCAAAUGUUUCUAGUGGUGGUGCUUCUGAAAUUACCGAAUUUUCAACACAUAUUAAUUUAGAUGGCACGACAUUUGCUAAUCAGGUCACUUCUAAUUCAGAUGAUUCAACUCCUAAGAGCAAGAAAAAGAAGGAACAACCAUGGAACACUGAACACAAUUUGGUGUUAUUUAGUGGGUGGAUAAAAUUUAGCACAGACAGUAUUGUCGGAAGAAACCAAAAAGGUGAAACAUAUUGGGGCAAAAUUGCUGAGAACUGUAAUGAGCAUUGCUCAUUUGAUCCUCUGCGUGAUGCAAUUGCAUGCCGAAACCGUUAUAAUUAUAUAAACAAAAUAUUGAAUAAAUGGAUUGGCGCUUAUGAUAGCGCUAAGCGUUUGCAAGCAAGCGGUUGGUCGGAGAAUGAUAUUUUGGCAAAAGCGCAGGAGUUAUACGCCUGUGGGAAGAAUAUUCAAUUCACCUUAAUGGAAGAAUGGCAUGCUGAUAAACUCCAAUUUAGAACUAUUGGCUCGGGAAGUAGUGGAUCUAAGAGAUCUCACGAUGAAUGGAUUCAUCAGAAGAUGAUUUUGACAUACUAUCUAGCUGAUGGUAUCUACCCUUCUUAUCCAACUUUCGUCAAAUCAAUUAGACUUCCUCAAAGUGAAGCCGAUAAGUUAUUUGCAAAAUAUCAGGAGGGAUGUCGGAAGGACAUCGAACGUGCAUUUGGAGUGCUUCAAGCUCGAUUUAAAAUCAUCCGUGAACCAGCUCGCUUGUGGGACAUAGCCGAUUUGAGUAUCAUCAUGAGGUCUUGCAUCAUAUUACAUAAUAUGAUUGUUGAGGAUGAACGAGAUUCAUAUUCUCAACGUUGGACCGAUUUUGAGCAGUUUGAGGAAAGUGGAUCUAGUGCACCGCAACCAUAUUCAACAGAGAUAUUACCCGCUUUUGCAAAUCAUGUGCGUGCUAGGUCCGAGCUCCGUGAUCAAAAAGUUCAUCAUGAAUUGCAAGCAGAUCUUGUGAAACACAUAUGGACAAAGUUUGGAAUGUUUCAGAAUUGA